AUGUUUGGAAGAAAUAUGUUAAUACUAUCCGUUCUUCUAUAUGGAAUAUUAUUCGUCGAACCUUUUCGAUUGUUUCACACGAAGAAUAUUCUCAAUAAUGGUGACCAUGAUUGUCUGUAUCGCUAUAUGAAAACAGGCAACGAACUUGGUCGACAUCUCAUCUCCUAUUGCAUUCGGUCAGUCGAUCCAUUUGAAAGUAAAUCUCUUCCUUGUUACGGCACCAGUUCUACUUUUCUUGCUAUUCGUCAAGCCGGAGUGAAUGUAACAGAUCUUUUGGAUUGGCACUCGCCUCUCGACCUUAUUGCGAACUAUGCUGAUUAUUUAGAAACGGGCAAGAAUCCGGAACAAAUAUUCUGUAAUUGUUCAGAUGGAAAAUAUUUCGGAGUCCGAUGUCAAUACAGUUUUGCGCUUAGUUUUCCUACGUUUGAUGAUCUCAUCGAACAGACAUUCAUUCGAAAUAACAUUGAAAUGCCUAAAAAACGAAGAUUCGAUGUGCGUCGACUGACGGAAGCACAAAUGACAUGCUACCAAAUGUCUAAUUGUACACCGUAUGUCAAUCUAUGUCUUGACUGGCGACAAAUUUGUGAUGGAAUACGCGACUGUACUAACGGACAUGAUGAAGAGAAUUGUCUUGAAAUGGAACUUAAUGAAUGUGAUCCAAUUACUGAAUAUCGAUGUCGUAAUGGUUUAUGCAUACCGCGAAGUUUCUCAUUCGAUUUAACUAUGGAUUGCAUGGAUUUUUACGACGAACAAGAAACUCAUGAUCAUAGUCAAUAUUGUCACAAUGAGAGUUCGAUUGACUGCGACGAUCAUUCGUGUGGUCUGGCCGGAUUUAGCUGUGGUGAUGGAUCGUGUUUUCAGGAUUAUGGUUUUGAUAAAGCUGGCAAAUCAGCAGAGUAUGAAGAAUGUCAGAGUCAAAGAAAUUCCUUAUACAUCAAAGAUAUAUUCAGCUUUAAAAAUGAUACGAAUUUAAAUUACACUUGCUGGCAGCAUAUGUGGUGUUUACUCGGCUUGUCUUGUUUGUAUGAAUCACCCAAUGUACAAUCACGAUGUCACGAAGGUGUUUAUUUUCCUGCAAGUUAUUGUCGACCUAAACUGAAUCUUCAUCUCUCGUGUCCACAGUCAUUUUUCUUUCCACCGCCAUAUUACAUCAUGCCAUAUGUUCAAUUACUUUACAAUAACACAAAAUUGAAGAACCAAGACAAAGCAUAUUUUUCUCCACCCAUUGCUAUCUGUUACAACAGUUCGGUGUACGAUUUUUCUGCAUCGAAUUUGUAUAUUUUAUCUGAACAUCAUAUAGUGAAUCAUUCUCUAAAUUACGAAUGCCGAAAGCUGGUGUUUUUCUAUCUAUGGCAAUAUAGCGCGAGUGGCAUUGGGAUCUCACAUGCCACUCAAUUAGCUGUCAGUAUUCAGAAUAUAUUCUCUCAUGUAAACACGAUCGCUCUUAACAACUCCAAGUCGCUGUUUCAAUGUGCCAAUGGUCGACUCAUUUCUAUUCACCGCAUCGUCGAUCGCCAUGCAGAUUGUUUUCCACAUACAAGUGAUGAGAGUAGUAUCGAUUCAUGUAAUUAUAAUCUGAGAAAUCGGUUUCAGUGUGUUCUAAGUACGACUCCAACAUGUAUUCCUCGACGACUAUUGCACGAUAAUCAUUUCGAUUGUCUAUUCGAUGUCGAUGAGGUUUUUCCCAUUGGUUGCACGCACGAAUUCAAUUGUCAAUACUUACGCUAUUUCGACUUGAAAGUCCAGAUGCCAGUUUUCUAUCAAGAACUAUGCAAUGGGCAUUUGAUUUUUAGGGAGAAAAUUGAAAGCGAAAAGGAAACAGAUGAAACUAAUUGUGAUGAAUGGCCAUGUAAUGCACGUGCAAUACGUUGUAAUGGUGUUUGGAAUCGACCAAAUGGAUGCGAUGAAUUGCAUUGUCCUCGCAUGAUUUCGAAUUACAUUGCCCAACAUGUCGGCAACUGUUCUGAAAAUGAGCAUUACUGUUUUCAGUACAAUUCAAGUGAAGUUGGUUGCUUGCCGUUAUCUAAAGCGGGUAAUGGCAGUGUUGAUUGUCUCUUUGCAUCCGACGAGCGAUGGUAUUUAGCGAGGCAAAUAGAGGAUGAGCUCAAUUCGGGCUCGCUUCUGCCGUGUCAGAAACCAGUUGGUGAAACUGUCAGUUUUCGAGACAUUUGCAAUGGUUUAGACAAUUGUAAUCUAAGGGAUGAUGAACUUUUAUGCCCAUGGCGACAAAAUUCAUCGUGUAACGGUUCCCCUUGUAAGAAUGGUACGUGUUUACCAAAUACUAGUAGAUGUAAUAGAAAAAUCGAUUGUAUUGACGCCGAAGAUGAAUGGGCAUGUGAUUUUGGAUAUAAAAUCGAACGCGCUAUACCAAAUCAAUUCGAAGUUACUCGUUUUAGUUUGAUGAAAACUCGAAAUCAAACUAUGAUUACCGCAAAUAAUAGUGUUUUCUGGCUAUGUCAUCGAGGUAUCCUUAUAUACGAUACAAACAUGGAAUAUCACUGCUUGUGUCCGCCAAGUUAUCAUGGCUCGCAAUGCCAGUACCAAAGUGAACGAUUAACAGUUUCAUUCAGGAUGGACAUCGUGUCGACAAUGAAAGUAAAAUCUAUUUAUCAACUGAUUUUCUAUUUACUCGACGAAGAAGAAAAUCCUUUGGCAGUAGAAUCGUAUAUUUAUGCUUUGACAAUCCAUUUAUCGUUGAAACAUCUAAUCGUACUGACGUAUCCUCGAACAAAUCAGUCCAGUUCGUCUUUGGGUAAACUAUCAUUACGAAUUGAUAGCUAUAUUGUUACACAAUAUAGUGUCGAUCCUUCAGUAUCAUGGUUCUUUCCAGUUCAAUUUCCGUUUUUACCUGUCAAUCGCCUGGCUGUUCGAUUGGUUCCAGAACAGCAUCCUUCGGAUCGUGCGUUAUGCCACGAACUUAGUUGUAAACAUGGCGUUUGUGAGAUGUUUUCAAAUGUACACCGUGCUUUUUGCCGAUGUUUUACAAAUUGGGCGGGAUCGACAUGUGAUCGAGAAGUAACUAUGCUCAAUUGCCGAACACCAUCCGUAUCAGCAAUUGUCAACGAACAUGCACUAUGUAUUUGUCCAUUGGGUCGAACUGGUCAUCAUUGUCAGGUGACACACAGUAGCUGCGAUGCGACUCAAUGUCAGAACGGUGGCACUUGUGUUUCUUUAGACAUUCGCACCGGAGAACAAAUCUGUCUUUGUCCAGAACACUUUUCCGGCACUCAUUGUCAGAACCGAAAUAGUCAUUCAGUCCUCAGUAUUACAAGCAACCUUGAUAAUAUUCCAGUGCUGAUAGUCCAUUUCCUUUACAUACCUACAUAUCUUCCAGGUAUGCUAGUUCAUCGUGAUAUAUAUUUCUCGAGCAACGUUCAGCCGAAUAAACAGUUCUCAAUCAAUGAUGAAGAUUAUCCAUAUUUACCAUCAAUCAUCGUUGCGCAGUUAAUUCAUGAACCAAAUUCAUUUUAUGGCUCAUAUUACUUGGUUGGAUCGCUGGAAGAUAAUCGAACAUCGUUGACAACAUCCAUAAGUCCUCAUAAUCGUUGUCCACAUGUUAGUGAACGUUUGAAUAGCACACUAAUGAAUUUUGAAUGGCUAAAACGCAUUAAAUUCUACCAUAAAUACUUUCGAAAUGUUACAUGCUUCUACGAUGAGAUAUACAUGUGUUUAGUCGAUGAACAACAUGUUCCCGAAUGUUUGUAUUUCAAUCAUGCGAUAACUAAUUGUACGGAGAAGAACUAUUGUGAAAACGAUGGUCGUUGUUUACAAAAAAAACGUUCCGGCCAAAUCUAUUUUGCUUGUGCGUGUCCGAAAUGUAUCACUGGGACGUUUUGUCAAAUAAGAACAACGCAGUUUUUCCUCACGCUCGAUUCUCUACUUAGUGGUGUCAUAAUAACCGAUGCACCAUGGAGUCAACAGUCAAUAUUACUCAAGGUACUCACUGCUUUCGCCAUUCUAAUGUUCAUCACCGGUAUUGUUUCCAAUCUGAUGAGUUUCCUGACGUGUAUCAAUAGUAAUAUAUGUAAGACGGGUUCUGGUAAUUAUCUUCUGGCUUUAUCAUUUGUUUCUCUUGUGACAAUUGUCUUUCUUGCCGGACAUUUCAUUCAUUUACUUGUCAGCCAAAUUACCGUAAUUAAGAAUCGACAAUGGCUUAUCAUCAGCUGCACUUUAUUCGACUUUUUACUAUCAUUUCUCGUAUCAUUAUGUGAUUGGUUGACAGCGUGUAUCGCUUGUGAGCGCACUAGUAAUUCUCUUCAAGGCGUUCGUUUUAGUCGAAGAACGAGUGUUCGAGCUGUGAAAAUUGUCAUUCCUUUGCUUGGUACUGUUUUACUUCUUGUUUUACUCCAUCGACCUUUCAAUCAAGAUCUUCUGAAUGAUCCCUACAAUAACGAACGUUCAUGGUGCAUCAUCAAAUUUCGGCAACCUUGGUUACAAUACUACACGAUUGUUAUCAAUGUUUUCAACACGACCGUUCCAUUUCUGAUUAAUUUCAUUUCUGCUAUUGUGUUCUUGGUAUCGUUCUCACGAAUUCGACAACGAGCCGAUACAAAGACAAAAUACUCGGUUGUUCUUAGAAAACAAUUCUAUGCACAUAAAGAUCUAAUUAUAAGUCCGUGUUGUAUGAUCAUUUUCAAAGUUCCUUGGAUCAUUACAAUGCUUAUCGUUAAAUGUAUUGAAUCACCAUGGCAACUGUAUCUAACCGUCGUUGUUUACUGCCUCUCGCUGAUGCCAUUGACAACGACUUUUCUUAUAUUUAUUGUACCAGCUCCAGCUUAUUGGAAAGUAUUUCUGGGCAAAUGGCAUAAAUUUAGUGGACAAUAG